UCAUUUUCAAAUGCAAGAAGUAGACUAUCUCUAGCUCUAUGGCUGUGUUUUUGGCGACUCUAGCUACAGUAUUUAAAGGCUUUCUGGAGCCCAAGACCACCAUCAGACGAAUACCAUGGCUACGAAGGCCGCGAUAGAAGAUUUCGAUGUAGCGUCACCCCGUCGAAGUAAACCUACUCCGAGCCCAGUAUCACAGCCAGCAGCAGCAGCACCAGCGAUGGGUACUACAGCCUGGGUUAGUGCUUGUGUUCCUGACGUUUUCUCCAGACGGACGCGUGAGGGAAUUGAGAAAGGAGAGAGUACGAGCGGCCAGCAUGUAUAACUUUGUUACUUCCAGUACCAGUAUGGCAGUCGAGGG